UUUUUAUUUUUGUAGGCUGUAGGAAGACUAGGUGGUCCAAGUAUGGAAGAGGAAUGUAGUGAGCUGAAAACUUAACAUUUAGACCAAUCAACAGUACCUUGGAAUAUUAGAGUGCAAAUGACAAAGAUAUUGGAUAAGUGGCGGGAGAAUGAUGCUAGCUUUAUUCGAACAACAGCUGCUACAAAAGUAUUCGAAUGUGUUCAACAAAAUAGUUGUGUAACUAUUACUGCUAGUUCUGGUGUUGGGAAGACAGCAACCCUACAACAUGUGGUUUUGGAAAUGGCAGAUGAAGGGUAUGAUGUACUACUAGUAAACAAUCCAUAUGACAUUGUUAAGUUUUAUAAUCCAAAUAAGAGAACAUUGUUUGUUAUUGAUGACUUCUGUGAAACAUAUUCUAUAAACCAGUCUGAUCUUCACAACUGGAAACCAGUCAUUAAGCGCAUUGUAGAACUGAUUCAGAACAAACUCACAAAAAUUAUUGUGGCCUGUAGAUUACAAGUGUACAAAGAUGAACAGUUUGAAUCUUUGUCAAUAUUCAGAACCAACGUAUGCAAUUUGUUAUCAGAAGACUUGUGCUUGUCACAAACUGAAAAGAAUUUGAUAGCAGAGAAAUAUAUGGAAGCAAAAGCUUCAGAUAUUAUAAAAUAUAGUGGUCUAUUUGAUUGUUUCCCACUUCUGUGUAAAUUGUAUCAUGAUAAUCCUACACUCAAUAAUACAGAUUUCUUCCAGAAUCCUUUUUCAGUGUAUGAAGCUGAGGUUGACCAACUGAAAAAGAAUAAGCUUUUCAGUAAAUACUGUGCCUUGGCAUUGUGUGUUAUGUUCAACAAUAAGUUGGAAGAGGAAGUGUUGGCAGACGACAUAGAUACAGUAACAAGAACUAUCAUCGAGAACACAUUUGAGGCAUGUAGACUAGAUAAAGGUACAUCAGGGUUAACUUUAUUAGAUGAACUUGAUUCACUUGAACAAACAUUCAUUAAGAAAGAUCAAUGUGUAUACAAAACUGUGCAUGAUAAACUUUUUGACGUUUUAUCUUUUUAUUUUGGAAAAUCUAUGAACCAGUGUUUGAUAAGAAAUGCACACAGUCAAUGUAUUAUGGAACGAAUUUUAUUAGAAAGAGAAAAAGACAUGGAUCAGUUCAUAACUAUUGUUCCACCUAAAUACCAUGAAAUGUACAUACAAAGAAUGGUUAAUGACUGGUCUAAUGGUAAGGUAGUAACUGUAUUCUGUAAUAUUAAUAUGGCCAAUCCUCAGUUCAGACAGAGAUUCCUGUGUUAUUUAAACAUACUUGACUAAUCAUACCAAAUACAAUUAGCACAUACCUGUGAUAACUAUAGCAAAGAUACUGCAUUAUUACAGUGCUGUUUUAAUGGAGAUAUUCCUUUAAUUCGUUGGUUAUGUUACCAAUGUGUUGAUGUUAAUACCUGUAGAAAUGAUAGUAAUAGCCCUCUACAUAUAUCAUCACAGAAAGGUCACACUGAGGUUGUGAAGAUUUUACUUGACGCCAAGGCAGACGUACAUAAAUGUAAUG